AUGGAAAUGAGCUUGGAAAACAUAGUAACAUAUCCACAAAGCUACGAUAACCCUCAAAGCAUCGAGUUUCCCAAGAGAUUGGAAGAAUUUGGGUAUUAUUUCAAUGAACAAGGGGAGCUCAGAAAUACGGUGACAAAUGAACGUUUUGCCUUUGACGUAAGAAGAAAUGACCAAGAAUACAAUCAAGCACGUUACGAAGCGUUAGGCGAGGCCGUGUCACAACAUGUUGAGCAUCUCCUUGUGUCAAAAUACGGGUUGAUUCAACAAUUUGUGCCAGUCGAAGCAGCCUAUGAGCCGACUAUACCCCAUUGUCCGAUUUACUUGAGGGAAGCGGAGUUGUUCGCCCUGGUCAAUGGUCUAGACAAGAUAGGUUCAAUGUUUCCGUACGUUGAAAAGGCUCAAGAACGAAAUUUCGGCAUCAUAAUCUUUAACCCAAACGUCAACUCUGUAACUACACACAAUUUAGAGGGUUAUGCCGAAAGCCAUAGCAUAGAAUGUUCUGCAACUCCAAUUGAGCAUAGCCUUUACGUUUGGAAGAACUUUGUAAGAGCAACGGCGGCGGAAGAUAUUGUAAUUAUAGCACACAGUCUUGGUGGUCUUUGUACCACAAAUCUCCUAAAGGAACUUGCCGAAGAAUUCUGUAACCGAAUCAAGGCCAUCGCUCUCACGGACAGCGCCCACAACAUUUCCCUUAUACCCGAAUUUUUGCGAUUAUGGUUUUCCCGCGUUACCAUCAAUUGGGUCAAGUCACCCGAGCCGUUGGAUACGCCAGUUCCUGAUGCAGCAAAUUAUGGGUGUCCGUGCUUGUCGGCAGGACAUACGAAGCACGAAUAUACUUCGGGAACGGCUUUCCCAGCUAUCUUUAAGUUUAUUUCUCAUAUGUUCUCCGUACCAAUUCCUAUCCGACUAUCAAAACCUGUGAAAACCCCAAUAAUAAGUAACACAAGCGUCGGACGCGCGCCACAUUUGAACAAUGAUAUUGAUAUUGAUAAUGAUAAUACAGCACGAAAAAUAGAGAUUAUUGAAAUCGAGGACAGCGAUGGGGAGAUACAGAAUGAUGCACUAAUUAUCGAAACGAAAAUGAAGAAGGUUCAUAUAGGAACAAGGUCUACUAGUGCUGUAAUGGAGAGCAUAGAUAUAGAUUCGCCUGGAGAAAGGACUAUUAAUACUAUAAUAGAGAGCAUAGAUUUAGACCCCCCCGAGACCAAUGAUGCCUUUUCAGUAUUCGAUCCGCCGGAGGCCAAUGAGGUCUUAGCGACCAUAUUCGAUCCCCCAGAAGCCGAUGAAUUCUCAUCGAUUAUAUUCGAUCCACCGGAAGCUUCAUCGAUUAUUUUCGAUCCGCCAGGGACCAACGAAGUCUCGUCGAUUAUAUUCGAUCCACCGGAAGCCAAUGAAGCUUCAUCAAUUAUUUUCGAUCCGCCAAGGACCAACGAAGUCUCGUCGAUUAUAUACGAUGAUAUAGUCGAGUCGCAUACUGCGGAAGUGACACCAACAACACAAUCUGUACCAUCCACGUCACUUAACGAACCUGUACAAUCCAUAUCACCUACUGCACCUGUACCAUCAACAUCACUUAAUGCAUCUGUACAAUCCACAUCACUUAAUGCACAAUCCACAUCACUUAAUGCAAUUACCGAAGAUGAGGUGAAUGUAAAUCCUCAAGUCCAGCCUCGAGGAUUCUUCCGAACUUUGUUGAAUACUAUUUCAUCGGUGAAAUCGGUAUUUUCUCUGGGCUGGUUUGAUCGAACCCAAACAAGAAAUGAGCCUUCUCUUAACGAGGCACCGCAGUUAACGGAACGAGAAAGAGCUAAAGCAACUGCUCAGAUGGCACCACUACAACCGAGACGAUUGAAUAAACCAGAAAGAAAGGCUGCUCGAAGAACAAGAUAA